GUUAUAUGCUUUCUCAUCUUGUGUUUGCUUGCUUCCCAACAAUCAACCCUCCAUGACCGUCCCUGCGGACUCACACAACCACAACUCAAGGCAGGACAAACUACGACCGUUGACAAGUCUGUCGCCGCCGAUGCUGCCGACCGAACAGCAGCUCAAGGGCACAGCACAUCAGCUUCCUGGGCCUCAACGCCCAAAGACCAGCAGCACACCCCAGAACUCGCUCAUAUCCUCCUGGCUCACACAUCCCAGCCAUUACAACAGCACCAAUACCGGCAGCACCAGCGGCUACAACAAUCGCGACGAUAUCGCUGGCAGCACCCGUAGUAUCCCUCAAGGGAGCCAUCACUUUGAUAGAAGCACUCACAGUGUCACAAAUCGACCAUACCAUCCCCCACCACACUACAGCAGUCAGGCAUACGAACUCAACCGCUACGAUCGUGCAGAAGGCAUGGAUAUUGAAAGUGAUGAACGUCGCCAGCAGCAGUACCACCACAACCAAUACUAUGGGGGCCAGCCUGAGCAAAGGCUGUUCUCACACGACUACCGACACAACCAGUCAUAUGCAGCCGCUGGUGCUUCGCCCAUUGGCGCCACCGCAAUUGGUCCACCCACUCCUCAGCCUUUUAUCGACUUGACGGUCUCCUCAGACCCACCAGAGAAACGCAAGAGGGGGCGGAAGCCGAAGGUUAAGCCUGAGGAGGGUGCCGUCGAUCCUGGAGCACGACCCGCCAAGGAAAAGAAGCCUAAGGAGCCUAAAGAGCCAAAACCACCCAAAGAAAAAAAACCCAAGGAGCCCAAGCCUCCCAAAGAAUCGAAACAGAAAAAACUCAAGGGUGAUGUAUCAAUGGGCGUCGGUCCUGCAGCCAAGGCGGAGCGAUCCAUCCUCAGUUUCUUUGACAGAUCAGCGUCGUCCUCGUCCUCUAGACCAAUUACCAUACCCUUUGGAGAGGAGUAUCGCAGCGAUAGUAAUGCAUCCUCUGCUACCUCACCAUCAAAGGGGUCCUUCAAACAGUCGUGCUUGUCAUUCGACGUACUGGAUCCUUCCAAGACCGACAGUUACUUUGCCAGUAUGGCCGCAGCUUCCAAGGACGAUGUCAGGCGAUUUGGUGGCAUCAUGAGGGAACUGCCAAAACUGACUGGGCGUGCGCCGUACGAGGAUUUGAUGAGUGGGAUGAUUAUGAGGAGUUCAAAGCUGCCCAACCUUAACAAGCUGAACCUCUAUCACCCAGAGCUCAACAUGGACAUGCUAGCUGACAUCAAGAUGGUGCAUGAAUUCUUGAACACGUUUGGGACUCCUUUGGGAUUGACCAAGGACUCUGGCGAGUGGAUCACCUUUGAACUGUUGCUCUCGAUGAUCAGAAAUCCACGAAUCGACAACCGCCUUCUGGAUCUCAACUGCAAAAUGAUCAUGGCAGCCUAUGAGGACGGUCAGUCGCCACAGAUUAACCAGUUCAACUUUCCGUACUUCCUCGCAGUCGGUCCGGAGGCAAUAUCGACACUGGAGGAAAAGAAGGAGGAGAAAAAGAACAAGUACUCGGCAUCUUCCAGGAAAAGGCCCGCGACAUUAGGACGACUUGGCGCAAUCGAGUACUCUGUCUAUACCAUUGCAGAUCGGAUCGAGGCACUCGUCAAGGCACUGCACGACAUCACGUCUUCGGAUCGGUUUCAUCGAUUCAUGAGGGAUGAGGUCGAGGAAAACAUCACGGCCCUGAAACGACAAAAGAGGAAACGCACAGAGAUUCGCAAGGAGCUCGAGACCCAGACGCAUGAUCUGGAGCGGGAGAUGAAGGCGAUUGAACGUGAGGCUGCUGUGCUCGAGAUCCAACGACAGGCCAUCUUGGCGCCCGAACGAGAGCAGGGUCCACCAGAGGACGAUACGGGAGCCACGAGGAGUGCGGCAUCAAGGCUCCAGCGCCUUGCCCAAGCAAAGGACGCACGCUCCAAGGCGAAUGACCUAUUGAAUCAGCAAAAAUCGCUAGCAAAUGAACUCAAGAUCAAGGAAACAGCAUGGGAGGCCAAAAAGGAGGAGCUUGAGGACAUUUCCUUGGACGACAUGGAGGUUCAGAAGGAUCACAACGUACCUCUGACGCAGUUGCGUGGCGGGCAGGUCGUGAACACGGACGAGAAACUGCGGGUCAUUUCUCUUGGAAGCGAUCGCUGGGGACGCAAAUACUGGUUCUGGAAAGAGUUUGGUGGUGUUAUCGUCGAGGAUCGAGGCCAGGUCGGUCCUCAGGUCGAUCCCUCUGCGGCAGAGAAGGAGGCUACUACCGGCACAAAGCAGGAGGACAAUGGUCAGGCGAAUGUUCCCAGGAUGGAAGGAAUAGAUUCAGCGGUAGCUCAAGGUGAGGACUCAUCACCGACCAGCGAUCCAGUCAACGAUGUCACUCAGCGGAUGAAAACUAUGGCGGAGCCAGAUUUGGCAGGCGACAACGUCCGAAAAGCGCGGGAUGACCGUAUGUCGAUCAACAAUUUGCUGUCGGAUAAGAGCCCAAUGGAUGACAUCCCAUUUUUUGCGGCUCAGGAUCGACCAGAGCCCGUCAAGCCUGUACUAGAAAAGGACCUCUUGGAUUACGGACCGAUUCAAAGCUGGAGUCUCAUCUCGACCACGAAAGAACUAGCGUCUAUCACCCGUGCACUAAACGCCAAGGGAACUCGGGAGCGCAUUUUGAAGGCAUCCUUGAUCGCAAUGCGAAAGGAGAUUGAGGCGAGUUUCAGUCGAAUCGCGAGUUGGGCUGGACAAGAGUUUGCGCCAAAGAACGAAAAGAUCGUUUCUGUCAUGGGAGCGGUUGGUCAACCGUUGAGCGAGAUGGAUCUCAUGCUGCUGAAGAAGAAGAGGGGUAGGAAGAGCCGGCAGGAACUUGCGGAUAUUGCAGCGACCCAGAGGGAACUUGCUGCUCAUGCCAAUGGCGACAACAGAUCGGUGGAUAUGGAUGAGGAUUCUUCCGCCGAGCCGCCCCUCCCGUAUCAUCAGGAUGCUGACAUGGACGAGGACGAAUCCGAUCACGAGCAUCAGGCCCACGAUGAAGACGCGGCUAUUCAGGUCAACGGAGAUGAAACCGAGCAAGGAUUUUUGGCUGCGGUCCGUGAUGCCGACUCUGGACCUCUGCCAUCCGAAUACUUUGAGAGGAUUGUCCAAGCUGCGGAGGGAAAGAUCGAGGAGCUCUCGCGCAAGAUCUGCGGCGAUAGCAAGGAUGCAAUUUCGGCCGCCGUUCGAGAAGUACAGGAUAUGGAUGGCCAUGAGCGCGAUAGGCUGCUCAGCACGGUCAGGGUUUUGAGACAUUGCCUUGAGGCCAUGGACGAGGCUUCGGACGAAGAGAUGGAAGAACAGGAACAGGAAGACGGCGACAAGCCCACUGACUCUUCCGACAAGGAUGACAAGCAACAGGAUGAGAGAAUCGAAGGAGAUGUUGCAAUGGACAAUGCCGAGACCGAGACUGCAGAAGCCUCGUCCGAAAAGCUAUCGCUGACCAUCCCUGUCACGGUCAACCCCCGACUCUUGGCUUGGCUGAGGACAUGUCGGAUCGACAGUAUGUUGAAGAGCGUCAGGACAUACGGAGCGUUGCAUGCGUGGCUGGACGAAUGCAUAGUUGCGGUCGAGAGUGUUGUCUAUGAUAGCGAUGAUGAGGACGAGGACGAGGAGGAAGUGGAUGAUGCGCGGAAGAAAAAACAAAAGGAUGAGGAGGCGGAUGAGGAUGAAGAGGAAGAGGACGACGACGAAGGCGAGGAGGAGGACGAGCGCGAGAACGAAGAAGAGGAAGGAGAGGAUGCGGGUGAUGAGAAGGCCCAGGAUGAGGAGCACGAAGACGACGAGAGUGAAGACGAGGCUGAGGAGCAUCGCGGCCGUCAGCGCAAGACGCGCCAGGAGUCUCGCCUGAGGGUAACGACUGUCCACGGACGAGCGUUGCGGGCCAGGAAUAACAGGACCGUGGUUUACAAGGAGGACGUGAAGGAGGACGAGGAAGAAGAGGGCAGCAACGGUGAGGAGGAAGAGGAGGAGGAGGAGGAAGAGGAAGAAGAGGAGGAGGAAGAGGAAGAAGAGAGUAUCGCAAGUCGACUGAGACGAUCAAAGCGGAGCAGGCAUUAAAUGGUAUUCUACGAACACACCUAAUACCCUGUGCGGGGGGAGAAGGGGGAGGUGAUGACAGCAUUAUGAUUAGAGUAAUAAAAACGAAGACCAUGCCCGGGACCCCGGAUCCAGACAUAUAUAUCUUGAUUCCCCC